AUGCAUAGCCUUCCUUUGCUGUUGCUUCUCUGGGCUGCCAGCUCAUACAGUUUCCCUGUGUUUCAGGAUGGACUCCAGAACAAUGUGAAGACAGUCUGGAAAUACCUGGAAAACUACUACAACUUGGGCAAAAACAUGCAAGCUAAAAAUGUAAAUGGCAAGGAGGUGAUGGCUGAAAAGCUGAGGCAAAUGCAGCAGUUAUUUGGGCUGAAAGUGACUGGAAAUUCAGAUCCUGAAACCCUGAGAGCUAUGAAGAAGCCCAGGUGUGGGGUGCCUGAUGUGGCCCCAUAUGCCAUUACUCACAGCAAUCCUCGUUGGACCAAAACACACCUGACUUACAGCAUUUUAAACUACACACCAUAUUUGCCAAGAGCAGUUGUGGAAGAUGCCAUCGCGAGAGCCUUUAGAGUCUGGAGUGAUGUGACACCACUUANNUUCCAAAGAGUCUUUGAGGAGGAAGGCGAUAUUGUGCUCUCCUUCCACAGAGGAGACCAUGGUGACCUCUACUCAUUUGAUGGAUCUAAAUAUCACUUUGCUCAUGCUUUUCUGCCAGGCCUAGGUUUGGGGGGCAAUGUUCAUUAUGAUCUUGAUCAGAAGUGGACCAACAACAAUGAGGAUUUCAACUUGUUCUAUGUUACGGCUCAUGAACUGGGCCACUCCCUUGGACUCUCCCAUUCUAAUGAUGAAGAGGCACUAAUGUUCCCCAGCUACACAUGGAGCAAUAAAGACUUUGUGCUAAACCAGGAUGAUAUUAAUCGAAUCCAGGCCUUAUAUGGACCUUCCCCAAAUCCCAUCCAGCCAACAGAUGCAACACUGGAUCCAUGUAAUAAUAAUCUAACCUUUGAUGCUAUAAUUACAUAUCGGGGGGAGGUGAUAUUCUUUAAAGACAGGUAA